AUGUAUGUGAAAUGGUUUGAUACAGGAAUGUUUUACUAUGUGAUUUUAGUGAAUGUCACUUUUUGUCAUUUUCAAAUUUCCCCCCAUUCCGUCCCCGUACGUCCCGAUGCUCGCAGGGGACAGAACCCAGAAGACAGAUGCCGGCAUCUGCCAGAGGACAUUACAUUGCAGGGGGACAUCGCGGGAGCGCAAGACAAGGUAAAUGAUCGAGGGAUCGCGGAGCAGUGCCGUAUGGUAAGCCCGAGUGUAGCUCAGGGUUACCGCUUGUGCUACACUCGGGAAUACCUCCAGGGGGGUUAAACUGA